UAAUGAGCCGCUUCUCAGUCUUUUUCCAAAGCUCAUCUAAGCCACAUCCGCAGCAGCGUGGCGCUCGGAGCGGAUUUGCUUAUGCUUCCCGUUGAAUAUCUGUUUCACGUGUCUAUGUUCUGUCCGUUCCGUGCUUUUCCUUGGGAUUUCCUCUCAGCCGGAGAAGCAUUCUUCGUUCUUCGUGAGCCCUGCUGUGGUGGCGAUAGUGGUGGUACUGAUCUCAUUAUUCUCAACGCCGCGGCUCUGGCCAAAUGAUCUUGUGAUUCUUGAUCAUUCGCUCGCUGGAAGUUUCGUGGAUCGGAUCGGUUUUGUGAGACACUCGUCGGUGCUCUGCGCACAGGAACCUCCGGGGUACAGAGUGUACGCUGGUCACGCGUGACUAAUUACUAUCUUAGUGAAUAAAGAAGAUCACUCAAGUGGAAACUAAUCUGUGUACUGGAACCUGAAGAUUUGCGAAGUGAGUGUACGGCCAUUCUGGUGUAACACCAGUGAAGUCGUAACAGGCAGUAGUGACUGAGGCUGUAAAGUUGUAAAUUUUUGUUGAUUUCCCAGAGUCGUCAGUGAAUCUUGAAGACGAUCAAUAUCCGAGUAAUUUUGGAACGAAAUAUCUUCGCCCUGUAGCAGACACCCCGAAGCAUAACGUCGCGACCCGAGGAAGAGGCGCGGAGCUAGACGCCAACCGGGAGAUACCACAGGAUGUCAUCCUGUGCCUGUCCAAUCGCUCCCCCAGUGGGAGCCACACUGGCGGCUCUUUGCGGUGGUUCACAAUACAUGCUGUUCAUGGGCUUGCUGGAAGUUUUCAUUCGAUCUCAGUGCGAUCUGGAGGAUCCCUGUGGAAGAAUGCAGUCGAGAACAUCGAGGAAUACGGACUACGAAUAUGACUUCAUCGUCGUUGGCGGAGGCUCUGGAGGUUCAGUAAUUGCAUCACGGCUGUCGGAGAUUAAAAACUGGAAAGUUCUACUAAUAGAAGCCGGGGCGGACGAGCCGACUGGAGCGCAGAUUCCUUCAAUGUUCCUCAACUAUAUCGGCAGCGAUAUCGAUUGGAAAUUCAACACGGAGCCGGAACAGUAUGGAUGUCUGGGAUCGCCCGAACAACGCUGCUAUUGGCCACGCGGUAAAGUUCUUGGCGGAACGUCGGUCAUGAACGGAAUGAUGUACAUCCGUGGCAAUCCCGUGGAUUACGAUGACUGGGAAGCAAUGGGUAACGCCGGUUGGAAAUGGAAGGAUGUUCUGCCCUAUUUCAUGAAGUCGGAGGAUAACCAACAGAUGAAUGAGGUUGACAGCAAGUACCAUACGACCGGUGGACUGCUUCCAGUCUCAAAGUUCCCAUACAACCCUCCUUUCUCCCAUUCGGUGCUGAAGGCAGGUGAAGAACUGGGCUAUAGUGUGCAUGAUUUAAACGGAGCCAACACUACCGGUUUCAUGAUAGCUCAGACCACCAGCAAGAAUGGAAUCCGAUACAGCUCAUCUCGUGCUUUCCUUCGUCCCGCCGUUAAUCGACAGAAUUUGCAUAUUUUAUUGAACACUACGGUUACCAAGAUUUUGGUUCACCCGACCUCAAAAACAGCCCACGGUGUCGAGGUUGUUGACGAAGACGGCCAUAUGCGCAAGAUUUUGGUUAAGAAAGAAGUCAUUGUCAGUGGUGGUGCAGUGAACUCUCCCCAGAUUCUACUGCUCAGCGGCAUUGGUCCGAAAGCACAUCUCGAUGAAGUUGGUAUCCGAACGAUUCACGAUUUGCCCGGAGUUGGACGUAAUCUACACAAUCACGUUGCAUAUUUCAUCAACUUUUAUAUCAACGACACAAACACUGCCCCUCUGAACUGGGCAACCGCUAUGGAAUACCUUCUGUUCCGAGAUGGUCUCAUGUCCGGCACGGGAGUGUCUGCGGUCACGGCUAAAAUAAGCACCAAGUACGCAGAGCGACCGAACGAUCCCGAUGUGCAGUUUUACUUCGGGGGAUUUUUGGCGGAUUGUGCGAAGAGUGGUCAAGUGGGUGAAUUGAUUAGCAACGAUUCACGCUCGAUUCAAAUAUUCCCUGCCGUUCUGCACCCGAAGAGUCGUGGGUACAUCGAGCUGAAAUCAAGCAACCCUCUAGAUCAUCCCAAGAUUGUCGUAAACUAUCUGAAAGAACAACACGAUGUGAAGGUGUUGGUUGAAGGAAUUAAGUUUGCUCUGCGGCUAGCUGAUACCGAUGCACUGCAAGCCUACGGGAUCCAACUGGACCGUACACCGAUUAAGGACUGCCAGAAUCAUGAAUUCGGAUCACAGGAAUACUGGGAGUGCGCAGUGCGGCAAAAUACCGGGGCUGAAAAUCACCAGGCUGGUUCAUGUAAGAUGGGACCACUGAGAGAUCCUAUGGCUGUCGUUGAUCAUGAGCUGCGAGUGCAUGGAGUUCGGAACCUCCGGGUGGUGGAUGCUUCGGUUAUGCCCAAGGUUACAUCUGGCAAUACAAACGCGCCAGUCAUAAUGAUAGCCGAAAAAGGAGCCCAUCUGAUCCGCAGGGCGUGGGGAGCACGCUAGUGAAUAGGGCCCACUCGCUUCACUGUGAACUUUUUGUUAGCAUUUAGGGCACAAAUCGAACAUUAGCCGUAGUGGUUCCCAAUAAUGGAGGUUAUGUUAAGAACAUUUGGUCGGUCGAUCAUUUCUACCUCCCUUGUCCUGUCCAAAAGUAUCUAUUAGAACACUGAUAAGAGAAAAAAGCACCAUGCUAUUUUAAUAACUUCAUCGUAUAUCAGCAAAUAGACAACGACUUCCAAAUUCCUUUAAUGUUAUUGUAACGAGUAAGAUAUUUGCUAUAAUUAAUGUUAUUCCGAUUUUCUGUGCACGCUGAUAUAUGUCUACAUCUUCGAAAUAAUUUCAUGUAUGGUAUUAUUAUAAAUACCUCCGCGAAUGUUGUUAUAAUAACAUAAAUUUCCAUGUAAAUUAUGAAUAUUUUACGACAAUAAAAUCUAAUUCAAA